CAAAGUUUCAAUGCACCAUUAAUGCAGGAGGGACCUGGUAGUUCAGCUAUGGUCAGAGAUGCCCAUCAUCCCUCUGCUCAUGAGCCAAGAUUUUAAUCACCUACACUCUGGAAGAAAUAGCAAAAAAAGCAUGACCUUAACAAUCACCUUGUUGGGAUCUGAAAAUGGGGGAUUAUUAAAUACAGAAUGCCUGUGAAUUUACUGGUGGCAAAAUGAAGGACUGAGUCAGGAAUCAAAUUCAUUCCGGUAACGAGCUAUAGAAAAAAAUUUUGGAAGUGUUCUCAAUCCUUGCUUGUCUAUGAACAUCGAAAUGCACGUGCUUGGAAAUCUGACAGAUUUUUUAAACAGGAAGGCACGUGCAAAAUACACCUUUCUUCUCAAGGUUCCUGUUAUUCCCUCUCUGGAUGGACAUUCCCAGUGUAAGAGAAACUCAGAGAGAGACAUCAGUAUCAAUGAAAAAAGGCAACAUGAAGGAGCCUGAGAAGCCACGUGCAGAGGACAAAUUCUGCUGCAUUUCCAAGCUGAAGGUAUUUCUGCUGGCACUGUCGCUUGCAUUCCUCGGGAAAACGAUGUCUGGUGCUUACAUGAACAGCAUGUACACACAGAUAGAGAAACAAUUUAAUAUCCCAGCUUCCUUAGUGGGCAUCAUUAAUGGGAGCUUUGAAAUUGGUAACUUGCUGCUGAUAGCAUUUGUGAGUUACUUCGGAGCAAAACUUCACAGACCCAGAAUAAUUGCUUUGGGCUGCACAAUUCUGUCACUUGGAUGUCUUUUGAUAUCACUUCCUCAUUUUCUGUUUGGAAGGUAUCGGAUUGAAAGCAGCAUUUCACAACGGGAGAAUAUUUCAGUGAUGCCUCUUUGCCUCGUUAAUCAAAACUUGUCCUCUUUGCCUGCAGAGGAACCAUCAACAGAAUGUGAAAAAGAGCCUGGCUCCUUGCUGUGGAUAUUUGUGAUGGUUGGAAACAUCGUGCGAGGAAUGGGUGAAACUCCAAUCAUGCCUUUAGGCAUUUCCUAUUUGGAGGAUUUUGCCAAAGCGGAAAAUUCACCUUUCUACCUGGCAUGUCUACACACAGCAACUGUAAUUGGCCCCUUCCUUGGUUUGUUGUUGGCUUCAUUCUGUGCAGAGCUGUUUGUUGACAUUGGAUCAGUAGGUGCAGAUGAGGUAACUAUAACAGCUACUGAUGCCCGCUGGGUUGGAGCAUGGUGGCUGGGCAUUUUGAUUUGUGCACUGCUGAAUCUUCUCGUGGGAAUACCAUUUUGGUUUUUGCCCAAGUGUCUUGUGAAGGAAGGUGAAACCAAUGAACCUGAGGCGGCAAGUGAAAAAAGUGUAGCACCAUUGCAAGAAAGUGAUAAAAAUGAAACCAAACAGACCAUGUAUGAAAUUGCUAAAGAUUUCAUCCCCUUUCUCAAGGCUCUGUUUCACAACCCUGUGUACAUGUUAUUUAUAUGCAUAACCGUGCUACAGUUCAGUGCCUUUGAUGGCAUGAUAUCCUUCAUGCCCAAAUAUCUGGAACAACAGUUUGGAAAAUCUGCAUCAGAUGCCAUCUUUUUAAUUGGUGUUUACAACUUACCAGUUCUAUGCGUUGGGUAUUUUUCUGGCGGCUUAUUCAUGAAGAAAUUCAAGAUAAAUGUCUAUCAGGCUGCGAACAUAGCAUUUUGGGUAUCUUUACUGGAGUACCUUCUCUACUUUGCUGCCUUUUGGACUGUCUGUGAUACCUCACCAGUUGCUGGUCUAACAGUUUCCUAUCAAGGAAUCGAGCAAGUUUCAUAUGCAGAAAAUACUCUGCUGGCUGGCUGCAACUUGGACUGUGAUUGCCCGCUUAAAACGUGGGACCCUGUUUGUGGGAACAAUGGGAUCACUUACGUGUCACCUUGCCUUGCUGGGUGUAAAUCCUCAAGAGGAACUGGAAGAAGUGUGGUAUUUGAAAACUGCACCUGUGUUGCAGCCUCAGGGUUUUCAUCUCAAAACAUCUCUGCAACUCUGGGCCAAUGUGAUGGACAUGAAAACUGCAACAAGAUGCUCCAUUAUUUUUUAAUAUUGUCAUUAGUCUGCAGCUUCAUUUUUUCCUUAGCAGCCAUGCCUGGAUACAUGGUCUUAAUAAGGUCUCUAAAGCCUGAGGAGAAGUCAUUUGGAGUGGGUAUCCAUGGGCUGGCUUCAAGAGUAUUUGCUGGAAUUCCAUCUCCCAUUUAUUUUGGAGCUUUGAUAGAUACCACUUGCUUGAAGUGGGGUACUAUGACCUGUGGUGGAGAAGGAGCAUGUAGGAUGUAUGAUAUUGUCACAUACAGGUGGCUCUAUCUUGGCCUGCCAGCAGUGUUACGUGGAGUGUCCUAUAUCCCAAGCACACUAGUUCUCCUCAUUUUAAAGAAGAAAGUGAAAUCUGAAAAGGAAACCUUAAAUGCCCCCAUAGAAAUGCAGGAUAAAGAACAAGAAGCGAUGAAAUAGCAUUUCAUUUCACAGAAGGACAUGUUGGGAAAAAACAUUGCAGUGUAAAUAUUGGAUAUAUCCUUGUGAAAUAAUUUUGUACUUUAACUAAUGAACACUUGGACAGAGAUGAAUAGAAUUACACAUAGUUGUACCCUACUUACAUUAUAAAAGUAUCAGUUUGUAAACACAAGGCAUGGGAAAAAAAUAUGUUUGGUGCAAAAGAAUAAGAAAACUUGUGGAUUGACAGGUUUGAGUUGUCAGAGUAAAGGGCUAUGAAGCAGAAACAAAUGUGUUCAGUCCUGUUUCACUGAAAAUAGAGAGAAUUUUGCAUUUGACUCCAAGUGAUGCCAGAUUUCUUGGAAUUCUCACACAAUUUCUGUCUCUCUCUCUUUGACUGUAGACAGCAUUUGUGGCUUCUUUGGGCCCCAGUUUUUAAUAAAUUUAUUUAAAGAUAUUAUUAGUCCUUUCAGGCAGGGAUUGUUUGUUAUUCUGCAUAGCAUAGGUGGUCAAUACAUUGGAAACCCGGUUUAUGACAUGGUCUGGGUGUUGUGGUAAUAAUAAAUUUAAA